AUGUGUCUCGAAAAGCGCAAGCUCUACACCGUCUGCGGCCACCAAUCCUCUGGCAUUCGUCUCUGCCAGCGACAGCGCGAGAUCUCCAAUGAUCUCGAGGCCUCAGGACCUUCAACCCCAAGCGGCAGCGACACCGGCGCCGCCCUUGCCUCCAGCAUCUAUUUGUGCUCACGCCUCACUCGCCUUAUUUUCCCUGCAACCCAACCGGUCUCCUGCCGGCCUCCACAUCCCUACUUCACCGAAACUCGCUUCGGCUUUUGUUGUCGCUGCCAGGCUUACUACCGCAGCGCCGGGUUUGCGCCCUCCGAGUCCGACACUCGCGACGACCAGGAUGUGGGAGACGGAAUUCAGAAGUUGGAGGAUAUUAGGUGGAAGACGAUUAUGUGGGCUGAGGAGGGGAGGAAGAAGAGGGAGUGGCGAGGGGAGCUUGAGGAGAGGGAGAAGGAGUGGGAAAAGGAGGAGCAGGCAGAGGAAGAGAAAGAUGGUGAGCGGAGGGAUGUGCAGUCUGGAACUGGUUCUCAGCAUGAUGCCGCUACGGAGGCAGAGGCAGACGAAGCCAGCCAAAUCACCCACAGGGCGCUGGUCGCGUCGUAUCAUAACGUCCUGACAAGACUCGCUGCCUCUACUUCCGAGUACCAAUCUAACCUUUCCCGUAGCCACAGCGGGGAGACCGAUCUCACUCACGUGGUCCAAGGAGAACAUGACAAGGACGAACACGAGAGAUUUCAUGUCAACGAAAACAUCGUUGCCGAACAGAAUGACACGGCUAACAUAACCGACGGCCUCCAGCCCGAGUCUUCCGCCUUCAGCGUUGAAGACCUAUAUAUCUACGACUACCACGAGCUUUCAGAGAUCCUCGAGGAGCGCUCCUCGCAAUUCACCAAGUCCCGACCGUCCAAGGAGACAUCAUCCAAGCCAUCUUCCGGCUCAGCCUCCGGAAUCACAGCCGCUGGCCAGUCUCCAGUCGUUGAGAAGGAGACGAACCUCUCGCCGGGGGGACAAUCAGCCAUUAAUUUUAGCAUGCCUUUGACGGGUUUCAUACGACUGACGAGGAGUAAUUUAGCCCGUCUCCGUGAGAUACAGGAGCCAAAAGAAGAAGGCAAAAUGGCGAGUCCGUCAACCAUUCAAGCAACAGUUCGACCACUGAAUACAGCUACGCCCUUCUGUCUGGCCGGUGCUGUCAACGCCACGGACAGCUUGGGGAAGCUUACAACCUCAAAUCCAUCGCAAGCCCUUCGCACCCCCUCCCGGGGCGGGCAAGAACAAACUUCCACUACCUCACAAGUUACCCCCAGUGUUGCUCCAAUCCAAUUUUCUUCUCCCAGCAUCGCUCCGAGCACUACUCCCGCAGCAAACCCCGCCACGACACACUCAAUCCAAUCAUGGGAAAACUUCACCAUCUCCACUCCUUCUCAGUCCAUUCAAUCAGCAUGGAGAAAAUCAUCGUCAUCAUCACGAGCAACAGAGGCAGGCGAGACAGGUGGUGGUGGUGGUGGUGGGAGAAGAACUACGAGCAACAUUACACAGCUCGGUCUCAACCAGCUCGUGCUGACCACCACCAACUCCAGCCCGAACCCGAGCCCCUCAAACCACGCUGGUCAAAACACGCCCCGCUUAAGACGCACGCCCCGUCUUCAAGCAUUGAAUGAGGACAUUUAUCUCAGACCCGGACCGGAGCAAUCUGAUGAUGAUGGCGAUAGUGGGUCUGGACUCGGAGCGUCGGUUUUCGGGGAAUUGUCUACGGGGAUUGUCGGGAAGGAAGGUGGGGAAGGGAAGGGAAAGGGAAACGAGAGGAAACUGGAGGAGUCGGGGGAGGGGUGGUGA